AUUGCUCCUCACAUCAGCUUCCUGCCCCAUCCCUCGACCUGAAGUCCCUUGGGCACAAGGCGUUGCAAACUGAGCUUGAAGGAACCAUGAAGCUGCUCAAGCGGAUUUUCUCCAGUAACAGACCGCCGCUGGUUCACGUCAGCUGGAGCUCCCGCUCUGCACCGUUUGACAAUAGUGACACCGAGAGUAUCAUCAGAAAGGCAUGUCGCCAUUUCCGGCUUGGGCGUGUAGAGCACGAAUACGUUUUAGUGACAAGCACUUCCGACGGCGGAAGGAUUGAGGUCACGGAUGACCUGUUGAAGCGCCUUCCUGAUGGUUCACUGGUUGAACUAGUGAGAAUUUCCGCAUUCGAGAGUUUUGGCAGCGAGCGGGAGGGUCGCUUCGUUGAGAAACCUCUGCCUUCCCCGACCUAUCCCAAGCGUGAUGGGACGCCGUCUACAGCAAAAUCAUCCACGAGGUACAAUCCUUCGCCCCAAAGCGUGCGCCCGCCAGUUUCACAGCCGUCUCACCACUCUCGUCCUUCUCAGUCUCAUUCCAGGCCGCGGCCAUCGCCAUUGCCCAAGGCCUCGUCUCCCAUCCCAUUAUCCCCUGAGUCCGAGGACAGCAUACCUUCGUCUCCGUAUGCCCCCACAGACUUCCCGAGUCGCUCCCGGACUCCGUCGGACAACACCCCAUAUAUGGGGCCACGGUACCGCAAGCCUGUCAUCUAUUUGUUCCCGCCUGAGACAAUGCCCGAUGCAACUGUCUCCGUUCACUUGGUUCCCCAAUGGACGUUCACCCACAUAUACCCUCUGGCAGACACGAAGCUCCUCGCUGACGGAAGACAGACUACCACCUGGUCGGUCUCCGCCAGCCCAGACGGGACCCUCGUCGAGAAGGGUACCGGGCUCGAGCUGUCCUACAUCUUUUGGGAAGCUGCCCUUGAACGUGCCGCUCCCCCGAGCCCUCCUCUCAGUGCCGCGGACGCUCCAAGCAUCGAGCACUUUGAUCCGGCACACCCCUCGCUCAGCCCUGACACUCCCACAGUCGUGCUGCUACCAUUUCAACAGCUCCUUCCUUACCUCGACGGCGUCCUGAAGGAGCUCAUGCUGCAUACGGCAGCACGCAACGACUUCAUCACGUAUUGGUUACCUUUGUUAUCGAAGGAACCUUACGUCGCCCUCCGUUUUGUCCCUCAGCCUGCGUACGAACGCGCGGCCGAGCUCGUGAUACAGCCCGCGCCGGACGUGAUUACUCGUGUCAUGAUGCUCUUCCGUGGCGUGCCCGCCAUUGAAGCUGACAUGUGGUCUGCUGCGCGCGACCGUGUUGGCGAGGUGAGGUGGGCGACCGUCAUUGGUGUCAAGCCUGAGGCAACGGACGAAAGCCUAUUUAGGGUGCUGGAAUGGGGUGCAAUCGAGGUCUCCUAGAGCAUGCUCAGCUGUCCACUUCUUCAUGGACAAUUACUUCUUGACGCAUCAAUAAACCCGCACUUCGGGUUCUCAUUCAGAUCAUCCACGAUCCUGACGUGAUCCGUAACAUGUACUCUAGUCUCAC